GAAGCGCAGACGGAAGCCAUCUUCUCGUCUGGGCUCUCCGUAUUUUUGUGGUAAUGAGGUACAACUUCGUGCAACAAUCUUGAAGAAUACUCGCAAUGUAAGGACUUCGAAGCGCAAAUUCAAACAUCUGGGGAAAAUGGGGAAGGAGCAAGAGCUUCUUGAGGCUGCUCGUAGCGGGAACUUAGCAGUGGUGGAACGGAUUCUCAGCCAGCGCGCAAAGAAGACUGGCCCGCUUGCAAGUUUGCGCCGAGGUCCGGGGACUAAUACCCACGACCAAAGCGGCUACACGUCAUUGCACCACUCUGCACUCAACGGACACAGGGAUGUGGUGGCGCUGCUGCUGGACCACGAGGCCUCAGUCAAUGUGGUGGACAACAAAGGGUCGACGCCUUUACACCUGGCGGCGUGGACGGGAAAUACCGACAUCGUUCGUCUGCUACUCGAGAGGGGCCCUUCCGUACCAAACGUCAAUCAUUCCAACCACGAACGCGAGACUGCACUGCACUUCGCGGCGCAGUACGGGCAUGCGGAGGCUGCCGCCCUGUUGCUGGCCCAUGGGGCGGAUUCGGGUCUCCGGAACUUGAAAGACGAAAGUCCGUUAGACCUGGCCGCGCAAUACGGUCGCCUGGACACGGUCGACCUGCUCCUCAGGGCGCAGCCGGGGCUUAUCCGGUCCCAGCAGGGUUCACCUCGAGGCCACUCGCCUCUGCAUCUGGCGUCCAGAAAUGGGCACCGUCAAGUGGUCAAGCGGCUAUUGGACGCUGGCUUUCCCGUCAAUCACUGGACGGAGAACGGCAGCGCCCUGCACGAAGCUGCCACCUUCGGAAAAAUUGACGUUGUCCGGCUGCUGCUUGACUAUGGCAUAGACGUUCAUCUGCGAGACACGCAAAAACGGACGGUGGUUGACAUCUUAGAAGAUCUCAACACAAACAUUGCCAAGCAGACCUGCGACAUCAUCAAAGAACACGCGGCGUUAGUGACUCCAGACAGCGGCGAGGGUCUGGGCUCAGCCGAGGACGGCAGCCCGCGGUCCAUCACGCCGCCGCCGGGGUUCCUCUCGUCGACGCCACCAUCGCACCAACAGCAGCUGGCAGCGCUACAUCAUUAUGCCGCUCGCCAACAGCAUGUGAAGAGGCCCUCUUACGGGGCGAACGACCUGGAGCGCACGCCUCCGCCGUUGGCCAAGUCCCGGGACUCCAGCUUGGACGCGACGCCCGCGAACAGCCGGAGCCCCUCGCUCCUCUACGAGGUGACCUCGGUGCACAGGAACAGCGGUUCCACAGCCGACGACUCGUCUUCGCAACUUCUUCAUGCCCUUAACACUACUUUCCACACGAGCGACGGACUGGAGUAUGUCAGCAGGCACCCUCUGCACGGUUCGCGUUCUUCCGACGCAGACACAUUGCUUAGGGACACUCCUCCGCCUCCUUUGGUGGCCAACCAGUACCAGGAGUCCAGCAAGAGGAUGUCUGCCGAACAGCUGCAUAAUAUCUAUCAAACGUUGCCUGGCAGGAGAGUCGAGAGAGACCAGUAUGCUGAACCCAAAGUAAGCCCAGCAUGGAACAGCACUGGAGCCUACCUUCCCAUGGCAGCUUUACAGGGCAAACCAAUUCCACCCGUCAAGCCGCCUCGCCGCUCCGUGGCUGCCAGCAGCGGGACAUCUCCAGGCAGUCGUCCAGCUGGUCAGUCCCUUAGUCGUCACGCUUCCUCUGCCUCUGGCUACGAGUACCUAUGUCUCGCUAGCGCCGGUCGGCGACGCGCCAGUGCUGACGGACCACUUCGCCGGGACUCCUCGGAAUACGUCGAUAUGCGAGCCUUAAGAACCCCGUACGAGAACCACGAAGUGUCUCUCAACCAUGAGCGUCUCUCCGAGUCAGCUUUCAGCACUUUGUACGACGAAGUGGCCAGUGGAAGGUUAACGUACGCGACACUGGGGACGAGAGGGCACGCUAUGCAUGUAAGGUCAGCCAGCGACAAUACAGGUGCGCCACCGGCAGUGAAGUCAGCGAAAAAUGGGACUAAGGAGGGUGGUGUGAGGAAGCCAGGUACUCUGGAUGUUGGAUCGACAAGGAGUAAGAGAGCAACGGUGCAGAUUCCGAUCAGUCCGACGCACUACGACCAACCACCGACGCCCGAGUUCCCGCCGCCGUCACCGGGAACGGCUGAGACAGGGAUUCACGAGAAGAUGAGGCCACUUAGUAGGGGUGACGACGACGACGACGAUGAUGACGAUGAUGCCUUUGAGUCCUGCGAUGAGUACGCCAACUGGGAGUACAAAUCGUGCAAGCGUAGUUCCAAGGACAUCGAUACACUGACGGACGACGCUCUUCUGGCCACGUUAAGCGCCAACGGCAGCGUCGUUCAGGUGGAUCUCGCCGUUGGACGAGACAACGGACACGUGGACUCCCUCUCUGCGUCCGCCGAAAACAUCGAACAGAUCGUCGAGGACAACCCAUUUGCUGGUCUGUGCCGGGGAUCAACCAAGUGCCCCGAGACCGAACAGCCUCACAAUACUUCGGGGAAUGCUUUACCCAGUGAGCAACGCCGUUCGCUGGUGAAGCCCCCCGUUGGGCCCAAACCGGCCCCACCACCCAGGAAACACAUCCGCACCCCGGGUUCAUACGAGAACGUACAAAUGGAGCACCGUGCUCCGAUUACGGUUAGUAGCCGUACGGUGGCAGGCCAAGACGGUGCGCCCACGUCGACGGGGAGUCCAUUCGACGAGAACGCCGAGUGGGCAGAGAUCGCGGACAUCAUGGCCUCCUUCGGGAGCGGCAUUGCCAGAGAAUCCGUCUUCGCGAGAGACAUGGAAGAGCAGUUCACCAGGACGCUCACUAGAGCAGGAAAGAAAGAAGGCAACAAGAAGGAGUCAGUUCAAAGGAGGGAACACUUCAAAAGCGUAGAAGAAUGGCUCUCAAGUCUAGGUCUUGCUGAGUACGAAAAUCUCUUCCUGCUGAGCGGCUACGAUGAUAUCCGCUUUCUGGGUGGAGGUAUUAUCGAGGACCAGGACUUGAAGGAGAUAGGUGUCUCGAACGCCGAACACCGGAGGGUGAUUGUUUCGUCUUCGGCGGAGUGCCUCCCAAGGGUUCCUGUCGUGGGUUUGAAUGACACGCUCGAUUCGUGGCUAUCGUCCAUAAGCAUGGAGUGUUAUGUCGAUUGUUUCCGCAAGAACGGUUUUACUGACGUCGAGCGCUGCAAGAAGAUUUGGGAAGUGGAGCUUAACACGGUGCUGGAAAUCACAAAGCCUGGCCACCAGAAGAGGAUAAUUGCAUCACUUGGAGACAGGUCUUCGACACGAAUCCUGGACCUGAAAGACUUAGACCUCGGCCUCUCGAAACUGGACAUUGACCUGAAAGAGCUAGGCAUAGAAGAUGACGUGACGCCCAAACCGAAUAGCAAUCACGUCGAGACAAAGUCGCUGAAUGCUUCGCUCGAUGGUGACUCGGAGCUUCGGAUACGACCUCCGACACAGCUAAUGAGCGACCCCGGGCUGACGUUGUCUCCAAGAUCUUCGCAAGUUCUAGGUGCUGAAAAUUCUCUCACGUCACAGUACGCGGCCCAGUGGAAGCACAAGCCGGAAGUGCUCAUACGAAGUUCCUGCGACUACGCUGCUCAGUAUUUGGGAUCUACGUUAGUCAAGGAGCUCAAAGGCACCGAGUCGACGCGCAAAUCUAUCCAGAAAUUGAAGGCUUCCACGAGGACCAUAGCGAAGAUACCCAGUGUUCUUCUCUCCGUCUCUUACACUGGAGUGCGCUUUAUAGACGCGGAUACCAAGCAACAAGUAUGUGAGCACGAGAUCCGCAACAUUCAUUGCGCAUGUCAGGACUCAGAUGACCUGAAUCACUUCGCAUACAUCACCAAGGAGCAUCAGACCAAUCAUCAUUACUGCCACGUCUUCUCUGCCGAGACCAUGGACUUAGCCACAGAAAUCAUCCUGACAUUGGGUCAAGCCUUCGAGGUGGCCUACCAACUGGCUCUCAAAGAGAAGACCUCAUCGUCCUCAUCACUCAGCAUAAGCAAGAACUCAUCGGACGACAAGGCCGAGCAGCAGCGUCGUCACUCGACGCCAGCCGCUGAGUCACACCAGCUUCAGCCCCUGAAGUCUCAUCUAGUGAGCAACAGUGACGACAUCCUGGACAGGACAUGACAAUUAUCAACCCGGUUCUGAGCGACCUGCCAAAGUAUAGGUCUCGUGGCGUCUGCAUCCUCCGCCAGAGGGCGACUGGAUUUUUCUUUUUUUUUUUUCUGGAAGGCACCGUCAAUCAGGGAAAUGAACGUCUCCCUUACGUCGUUUCUUCCUGUUGACACCAUGGUGACCGGGCUUUGGACUUGCCGGUGAACUAGUCAGAAGGACUGUGUCUGUGCAGCAAUGAUGAGGACGAAGAGUUUCUUUUUCGAUGGGGUUCGCGUACCUGCUCUGCUUUGCUUUCAGCUUCUUCUUCUUCUUAAUUUCUUCUGCUGUUUUAUCUGGGAAGCGAGAUUGAUUGCUGUCGGCUUCGGGGUUUUGUUCCCAAGCCAUCCACUCCAUGGUAUCUAAUACACAUGGAUAUAUAAUCUAUUUCUAUGGGCAUCUAACGACGCGUGGUACCUUUCGGCGACGUUGAUAUGAUAAGGAACGGUUGGGGACGUACCUAAUGCGCGACCCGCACGGCGCGUAUUUCAUUGCGUAAAACGGACAGCGUGUAAAACGCAACGAUCAAAGCAUCCACCCAACCCGCCCGGACGAAAGCCACCGCGAAAGGUACCGCGUGAAGCGGAGAGCGCCGCCAGAAAGGAGGCCUCCCGGCAGGUGGAGAACAUGUGGUGAUGGAAACUGUAUUAAAGAGACCUCAAAUUUAAAAUCCUCAAAACGCAUUUGAAUGGCAUGAGAAGCGAUUAGAAAACGGCAAGAAAGUAUUUUUUUAAUUAUUAUUAUUAUACCAGCUUGAAAAUAUAUUAGUGCAUGUGCGAAUAGUGCAUGGUUUGAAAACCGAAGCGAAUAGCUGCAAAGUGGAACGGUUUGCACGUAUAGGCGGAGUGGAAAUCAAGUGCAAACAUACAGGAAACGUUAGCACAGAACAGAUAUAUUUUAAUUUGCAGCGGUAUACAACUCUGUCAGUAUGCAUUCAGAAGGUGGUGCAUUUGAGGACGAAACAGAGUGCUGCACCACCUAGUUUAGACGUGAAGAUAGUGAUAGGACGAGUGUACUAAGGCACUUAAACAGUGUCCCUGGUGGUUUUGCUGUAGAUUGAUUGUUUGUUCUUGCCUGGCUCUGUGCGCGGCAAUUAUUACAAUAUAUCCGGUAUUUGAUUCGGUUCGCAAUUCGAAUACCGAAAUUCGUAUUGGGUUCGGAAUUCGAAUCGCAGAUACUAAGUAUUCGCUUCGAUAUUCUAAAAAAAUUCGAGUAUUCGCACGGCACGAAAAGAUAUAUGACGCUUUUUGGAUGGACCCUGCCCUGACGAAGCUCCGAUGGUUCAAACACAGCAAUUUUCACAAGGUCUGGAAGGGGAAAGUCCGCUAUAUGUGGUUGUUCCUGUCUACGUGGCGGCCGCUGUUGCCCGCGUGAAAUAUGAUGGUACUUACCCUUGACGCAAUCGAGCACGCGGUGGAAACCGGUCGCGCCGAGCGUACUGCGCUGCGUUUCCCGUGGUGAAGUACGCACCGUGCGGGUUAGCCUGGAUUAUAUAAGCCGCGAGUUGCAGGACCUGAUAAGCUAGGCGGACUCGAGUGGAAGAGUUUCGUAAAGUUUUCUUACGUCCUCUUUUGUAAACGUCGUUAGGUUGUUGACAAAUGGUAAUAUAUUCGAACAAGAGAGGCUGCGUUGUUCCAUUGCUCCUUGUCGGAGCCCGGCCUGCACCUUUAAAGCCGAACUUCAUCGCAUGAGACGCUCCUAGCCACCAUACCGAGUGGCAUUGUUAUCUCCUCUGAUUUGUUGAAAAUAGGAGGCGUACGCCUGUUUGUGACUCUUAUGCAGUUAUGUUAAUUGUGACAAAGAGGAGUAUGCCCGCUUUUUCCACAAAUCAAUAGUGAUAACUGUAUCACCCUGCACAGCGGUUGUCCUUCAGCGUGCUUUGAGGUGAAGUUCUGCUUUUUUUUUUCUGUAACCACGUCCAGCGGGACUGUACGUUCAUUGUCUCUAUUCACUGUGCCCUUGUGUGCAGCAUUGAGAAGCUGAAGCUGCUAUCUGAUCAAGAUUAGCUCAGUUAUUGAGGCAGAUGGACUAUAUUUCGACGAACUCUUCUUGUUCCGCGCACUAUACGGCUGAUUAGUUACAACAAAACUAGUGGCUAAACAGUUGAAAAUGAUUAGCUACCCCCCCUCCCCCCAUCCCCAGCUUUUGAGUUUGAACUCUAUCUAUAGGUCUGUCGUUCGUGCAGAACUUCAUGGUGCUUAAUAGUUAGAAAAGAUAUAGUUUUGGAACCGUUGUGCAGGAAUGGACCCGACGGGUUCAAAAGACAAGUGUGUUGCUGUUCAUCAGAAACUCUCAUGCUUGCGUGCCCCUCAUUUAAAUGGGCUCAGGUUGAAAGGUGCUGAAAGUCAUGUUUGCAUAAGUCAUGCAGUCGGUCGCAGCAAGCUGCACUGUUGCAGCAACAGUUUAUGUCUCAAUGUUCAAAGGUGUUUACGCUCUAGUGCUUAUGUAAAAAAGAUGGCAUGGCUGCGUUCCCAAACUAGUGAAUAUUCAAAGGUUGUAGGUAUCACAUUUGCUUGCAUACAAGCUUACACGCAGUCGCGAGCUCUUCUACGUAUUUGGGAACACCCGUGGCAUUCCUUACUCGCGCUGAAAAAUCACAGCUUUGGGAACUUGACCUGGAGAAAGCUACGGUUCGCAUAGCGAGCGUAAGUUUGAACGGAAUCUUGAGAUGGUCUUCAUGCUGGGUUCAACACUUUCUUUUAUCUUUGAGAUUUUAUCUUUGAACGUGAUAUGCGUUUUUAAGAAGUGCAUUUUCACUAAGAAAACAAACGUGCAGUCACGCAUCAUUUUGUUCCCAAUUGCCUUACGCUAUCCAACUUGUGUGAAUUUUUCCACUUUCCUGAUGCUUUUCCGCACCUACGAUUGAAAUCUGUAAUCCAGUGCGGGCAAAAUCUCUGUUUUCGCGACAGUUCCUAGUUACUCGCAAUACACCGGUCUCUAGCUGGAGCGUAUACGCCAAAAGGAGGGGUCCUUGUAGAUAGCCAGCGCACGCCCAGCGUGGCAUGCAGACAUUACGCAUAAUUGUCGCACGUCGUACACCACGAGGUCUGCUCACGAACCGGUAACACAGGAACAGGAAGCUCAAAGUCUCGUAAUAUGUCGCCAGAAAGUAAUGGUAUAGUGCUAUAGGUGACUUUUCUUUAUUUUAAAUCUCGCAGCUAACUUGGAGCCAAAGGCAACUUUGACUAUAACACAGAGUUCUACACAUACUCGCUCAAGCCUAACAUGCGUUGUGAGAUACCGAACAAAUGCUCCCAAGGGGAAUACCUGUAAAUAAAAAAUGUGUAUCGCAAGCGGAACUGGCUGUGUGAACAAGUGGGUUGAUUUUGGCCAGGUACAGUUUUGAAAUAUAUUUAUACGACGUACCACUGACGUGUACAAACGCCAUGCGGUUCUUCCCCAUUUUGUAAGAACGUAUCCGUCGAGUCCCCCUGGUGGAAACACCUGCAUUCAGUCUUUUCAUGUGCCGUAAUAGAACUAUCUUGAAACGAGAGUGCUCAAACUCAGUGCUUGUAAAUAGUUGUGACGGUGAAGUUUACGUGAUGAAAUCUGUGCGGUUGUUCCAGCGACUCCGUCGUAAUUGCCGUUCUGUAAAUAUUUUUGAAUACUUUGCAUAAUUUAAUGUGUUUUAGUGCUUUUCCCUUUUCUUUUCAGUCUUGCUUUGGUACGACGCGAGGCCGGACAUUUGCGUAAAUUGGGAAAAUUCUACCGCCGUACUUUAGAAGCAACUUUUCGUGGGUGACACGUUUCUUGAAUAGGCCUCUUUUCUAAUCGCGUCGCAGCCUAGUGGCUUUUUGGCGAACUACUUUUGUCGCGCGCCAAAACAAGCCCAUGUAUAUAUACCACCGGCCUUAUAUAAAACCGGCCUUCGAGUUGCGCCAACCAGGCUGCCGAGAUGAGAUGUCGUGUCUCCCGAUGUGUGUUCUGCCUGCCUGAAUCAGGUGCGUAAAACGCCAUCUGUGGGGUGCAGAGUGAUCGUGGCCCCCUCAAGAUCACAUGCUUCACGCACAUGCGCAUAGGUAUGAAAGAGGUCAUAUAAAACAUUCUAAGUCAUAUAAAAUAAAAAUACGGGGUUGAUCGGCGGCGCCUUUGUGCUGCGUCACGUGAGGGUAUAGUGACAGCAUAGGGCAUGACACGCACCCACGGGUAUCCAAGAUACGGCGGUUAGUCAGUCCCCCCUUGUUUAGUCGUCGCUUGGGCAUAUUGUGAUUUGGCAUGUAGAACUGGAUUCAUAACGUUUUUUGCUAUAUAUUUGCGAUGUCAACUCGUUGUUUGCACCUUUUAUUGAUUACCGAAAUAGCUUUGUUACGACGUAGCUUUCAUUGAAAACGCACCGCACAAUUGCCAAUUAAUGUAGUGUACAGCACGGUACGCAAGUGAUUGUUAGAAUGUACAGGUAAGGAAGAAUGACAAUGCUGUGAGGUGCGGUCAUAUCUCAGGCUGAUGAACUGGAAAGUGUCGUGACGAUUCUAUUUGCACCCAGAGAAGAAGCAUGUACCUUGAUGUAGUUUGGUGAAGUUUAUCGUCUUUAUUUAAUGUACCAUUGUACAUAAGGUGGUCACUCAAAAUACUAGAAUCGCUCUUUUAGCUCGAAAACGUUGAAAUAAAUACAUAUAUGAAUGAC